UGAGCCUCCAUAAAAGGGAGCGGCGGGGGCCUGGGGCCCCGGAUUGAGCCCUCCCCACCCGGGGUCCCGACGCGUUCGGUCUCGGGGAGGCCCGGACGCGCCCGUCGCAGGCCGGGCGGUGAGCGGCGGGCGGCGGGGAAGGGGCUGCGCGGGGCGGGAGGCGGCCCCUGGCUGCGCGCCCGGCCUCCAGCGUCGGGUCACCGCGAUACCCCCCCCGCAUACACACCGGCCGCACCAUGGCCCUAAAGGCCGAGGGCGCCGCGCUCGACUGCUUCGAGGUGACGCUCAAAUGCGAGGAAGGGGAGGACGAGGAGGAGGCCAUGGUGGUGGCUGUAAUUCCGCGGCCCGAGCCGAUGCUCAGAGUGGCCCAACAGGAGAAGACCCCACCGCCUAGGCCCAACCUGCUGGAGGCGGGUGGCGAUGGCUGCGAGGAGCCCAAGCAGCAGGUGUCUUGGGAGCAGGAGUUCCUGGUGGGAAACAGCCCAGGAGGCAGCGGGCGGGCACUGUGCAUGGUGUGUGGGGCCGAAAUCCGGUCCCCCUCUGCAGACACGGCGCGCAUGCACAUCCUGGAACAGCAUCCUCACACCCUGGACCUGAGCCCUUCAGAGAAAAGCAACAUCCUGGAGGCCUGGAGUGAGGGGGUGGCCCUUUUGCAAGACAUCAGAGCUGAGCAGACUUCUUCACCCACCUCAGACUCAGGCCAGGAUGUCGAAGCUGACCCGGACUCCGACCCAGACCCUGCCAAAAUGCCAGCAGAGAUUGUCGUUCUCCUUGACUCUGAGGACAACCCAUCUCUCCCGAAAAGGAGCCGGCCCAGGGGACUCCGCCCCCUCGAGCUUCCUGCUGCUCCUGUCUCGGAGCCAGGAAAUAGGAAGCCCCGUGGUCAGAGAUGGAAGGAACCCCCUGGGGAAGAGCCGGUCAGAAAGAAAAGAGGCAGACCCAUGACCAAAAACUUGGACCUGGACCCAGACCCUGACCCAGACCCCCCGUCACCUGACUCACCCACAGAGACUUUUGCUGCUCCUGCUGAGGUCCGACACUUCACUGACGGCAGCUUCCCCCCAGGCUUCGUCCUCCAGCUCUUCUCCCACACCCAGCUCAGGGCCUCAGACAGCAAGGACUCACCCAAAGAGGGGAGAGCUGCAGAAGGAGGCCUUCCCCAGCCGGAAAGCCCCUCUCCAGCUCCCCCUCCGGGGCUUCGCGGGACACUGGAUCUCCAGGUUAUCCGCGUCCGGAUGGAGGAGCCCCCGGCAGUCAGCCUCCUGCAAGACUGGUCUAAGCAUCCCCAGGGCACCAAGAGUGUGGGAGCAGGUGACACCCCAAACUGGCCUGCAGUUCUGUCAGACUCCAGCACCACUGUGGGGGGGCAGCCAGAGGCAGGGAGUGGUGUGUAGGUUCUCGCUUUCCUGGGGAGGGAGGGAGGGAGGAGGCAGGGUCCCCCUUUGGCUUAUCACUCAGAGCUGCCCGGCUCGACCACCUGAUGGAGAGAGGAAAACCAGGUGCCAAGGCAGGAUGGAGGAGAGGAAGGGGGGCAGCAUCCACUGCUACUUGGGGGCACUGGAAGGUGUCUUCCCCUGGCAAGGCACAAGGCCAGGCCCUGAGAUGGGCAAGGCUGGCCUCAGGGCUGUCGUGUGGUAGGGCAUUGAGCCGUGGAGAACACCUACCCUGAUCCUUUCACUGACCCAGACCUCUCUGUCCCCGCUCCGUUCCCCCUCUUAGCCCCACCCCCAUUCUCCCUUGGCACAGUGCCUUACACAAGAGGUGGUCACGAUGGGGUUUGAACUGAGUCCCACUACCUCGGGGGACGCCUCUCCUCCCCCACCUGUUCAGGCCCCUAAACCAGGAGGCCUCCAUUACCUCUUCCCGCUCCAUCCCUGCAGGAGGCCCAAACAGCCCACCUGGGGGCUUUGUUCACUCCCUCCCUCCUUUUCACCUAUUUUCCUGUUGUAUAUAUCUCCUUUGUUGACAAUAAAUUAUUUUUUUUUA